AAGUAAUAUCGUAAUCUUGUUAUUUGUAAUUUUUCUUUUUCCUAUGUUUUUGUUAAUUGGCUUAAAUGAUCCCUUAAGUAUUCAAGAAUACCAUAAGAAGCGUCUUAUAUGGAAGCGAAACGUUAAGUGGCCUAUCAAGUUGAUGGUAAACAAUUGAUUUGUAUUUCAGGUAAAUCAAUUGAGAGUAAAUGAAUGAAUAUGAAAAGUAAUUGGUAGUGAAAAUGAUUUUCGCCCGCACAAGUACAAGCGAUGAAAUUGUUCGUCGCAGGCAGAAUAGAUUAGAAAUAAAACGAAAGCGUUUUUCAAAAAUAAUUUUUGUGGAAAUUAAGCUUACUGUGCUCCGGGUUUCUUCAAUUUCAAAAUAAGAUUCCGAAAUGAAUUUUACACCACUUUCUACAAUAAAUCUUGUCUAAGUCUUGCUUUUCUUGUCAUUACUUUUUACCUCGAGUCAUUUUUUACUUUUCCUUUUGACGUAAUAUUUUAUAAAAAUUCUCUCUUUGAAAACGCACACAACUCUUAACAGAUUUCUGAGAAUAGCAGGCUGUGUUCAGAAUAAAAUUCCUUUCAUACGGUCUAUUGAAAUUAAAAAGAAAAUAGUAAUAAAAGAUUAUAAGUAAAGUUUGGUACUGAAAAGCAAACUACGAUGCCUCCUAAACCUACAACAGCCAGGAAAGCCAAUAAAGCUCAAAAAAAUAUCACCAAAAACGACAAGCAAAAGAAACGUAAAAGGAAGGAAAGCUACGCUAUCUACAUUUAUAAAGUCUUAAAGCAAGUACAUCCAGAUACCGGUAUUUCAUCCAAGGCUAUGAGUAUUAUGAAUAGCUUUGUCAAUGAUAUCUUUGAACGUAUUGCGGCUGAAGCAUCUCGUUUAGCUCAUUAUAAUAAACGUUCAACUAUUACAAGUCGGGAAAUUCAAACUGCCGUUCGUCUUUUAUUGCCAGGCGAAUUGGCCAAACAUGCUGUCAGUGAAGGAACAAAAGCAGUUACUAAAUACACCAGUUCAAAAUAAAUCAAAGACUGACAAAUCAUCAACGUUUCCCCUUGAGGUCUAAAGGCCCGUGCAAAAGCCGGCUAAUUAAUUUUAUUUGAAAGGCAUAGUAUAUUUUUUUGAAACAGUAAAGAACGAAGAAGAGAAA